AUGCUCUCUGAAUGUUUCAUCGCAUCGACGCUGGCGUCCAGCAAAGCGCCAGCGUCUGCGACCCUCCGCGAUGUGGGAGUUUGCGUCCAUGAAUUCCAGCCCACGCUGAACCUGCGCUCCACCUUCAAGAAGAGCUCGACCGCGGCCAAUUGCUUGGCUGUAAGCCCGUCGCAUGUGUUCGCUGCGCAGUCUGAGAAAGCCAUUGUACAUGUGUAUAGCAGGGAGAAAGGCAACCAGGAAGCCACCGUUCCUUUCCCGGAGCGCAUCCGCAGCAUUGCUGUCGCCGGGGGCAAGAACGGCGAUGUUCUGGUUCUGGGAACUGAAGGGGGACGUUUGAUUCUAUGGGAGACAUGCACCGGGCGACAAGUGGCUACGACAGCGUCGCAUCUGCGGCCGGUGACCUCGCUCGUGGUCGAUCCCAAUUCCAACUUCAUUCUGUCGGGCUCAUCCGAUGCCAGCAUUCAUGUUUGGUCGUUAGUGGAUCUCUUAUCCUUUACGAAACCUCCAUCCGGCCGUGAUCGUCAGCCUCCGAACUCCCCCAUCCGUACCUUCUCCAACCACCGCGCCGCCAUCACCGCCAUCGCUGUGGGUCACAGCGCGGGUCGAUACAACAUUGCUCUGUCUGCUGCAGAUGAUAGCACAGCCAUUGCCUGGGAUUAUCACACCGGCCGUCUCCUGCGCACCUUCCUCUUGCCUUCCAAUGCGAAGUCGCUGGCCCUUGACCCUGCCGACCGGGCUUUCUAUGUCGGCUACGAAGAUGGCAGUAUCCAGUCGAUCGACUUCUACAAGAACCAGUCCAUCCAAAACCCUCUCCACGACCCCUCCCUUCAAUCAACUCCCUCGCAGCCACCCGCAGAGGAUCGCUGGGCACCGCCAUCGGCCGAUUGCGGCGCAGCGCAUGCGCUCACUCUCUGCUACGAUGGAAUGACGUUGCUCUCUGGCCACCAGAAUGGCAAGGUUCUGUCAUGGACAGUUGGAAGGAAGAAGUACGCCUCAACCGUGGCAGACUACACACACCCUGUCACGAACCUGUUUAUGCUUCCUCCCAACGGUCUUCCUCAUCCUUCCCUCGACCUCAAGCGAGUAGCACACACCAUCAUCAAGCCCCGCUACGACUCUUCCCUGUCCGAAACCUCCCAAGCAGCUGGCGCCGUUCCAGCCGAUUACACCUUCAGCACGCACCU